UUGUCUUAGAUGAUUUGUGGCAUGUUGACCUUCCAGUGUGGGAUGAGUUCAUGGACAGCUUGAGAGGAAUAAACACUUCCAGAGGAAACUGCAUUCUUGUGACGACUCGUAUGAAACUGGUGGCAUCUACUGUAGCAGCAGUAGGUCCUCAUAUGUUGGAAAAGUUAGCAAAAGAUCAUUGUUGGUCGAUUUUCAAAAAAAAAGCAUUUGUUGAUGGGGAAGUUCCAGAGGAAAUACUGAGUGUGGAGGACAGGAUUGUUGAAAUGUGUCAAGGUCUACCGUUGGCAGCAAGUGUGUUGGGAGGCCUCUUCCGCAACAAAAAGAAACAUGAAUGGUGGGCAAUUCUUGAUGGGAACCCCCUUGUUGCAGAUGAAAAUAGCUUGAAGAACAUCCUAAAACUCAGCUAUGUUAAUCUACCAUCUCCAUAUCUAAAAAAAUGUUUUGCUUACUUUGCAAUGUUUCCAAAAGAUUUUAAGUUUGAAAAGGACCAACUAAUCCAACUCUGGAUGGCAGAAGGGUUUCUUCGUCCAAGUCAAGAGAUUCCUGUUAUGGAAGACAUCGGGAACAAGUUUUUUCAAAUACUGUUGCAAUAUUCCUUGCUGCAAGAUGUUGAGCUAGAUGAGCACAACAAUAUAACACAAUGUAAGAUGCAUGAUCUUGUGCACGAUUUGGCUGGAGAUACAUUAAAAUCUAAACUAUUUGAUACGGAAAGUGUUGGAGGUAAAAAUCUUUCUCAAGUUCGAUACUUUGGAUGGGACUCACCAACUGAUCAGAUAGAUAAGAUAAACGAGCCAGGACGUUUGUGCACAUUGUUCUGGAAAAGCAAUAUAUCUGAUGAUGUGCUAUUGAGCUUUCAGUUCUUGAGAGUUUUAAAUUUAUCCGGAUCAGGCAUCGAGGAGUUGUCAGCCUCAAUUGGCAAGCUAAUAUACUUGAGAUAUCUUGAUCUCUCCAACACUGAGAUCUAUGCCUUGCCCAACUCCAUUUGCAAGCUCUACAAUUUGCAAACAUUUAGAGUCAAUGGCUGUCGUUCACUCUUGAAGUUUCCAGAAGAAAUGGCAAAUAUGAUAAGUUUGAGACACAUAUAUUGGUACGAUAGUCGUUAUGGAGCAGAUACGCAGAUGCCACUUAAUAUGGGGCAAUUGACUAGUCUUCAGACGCUACAGUUUUUCUACGUACGUUCAGAGAAAGGUCAUCGGAUAGAAGAAUUAGGUCGUUUGAAAAACCUUAGAGGUGAAUUGAAGAUCAAACAUCUCCAAUUAGUUGGAAAUAAAGAAGAGGCUCAAACAGCAUAUUUACAGGAGAAACCAAAUAUCUACAAGCUGGCAUAUUUGUGGUCCCAUGAUGAAUCAGAAGGCUGUGAGAUCAAUGAUGAGCAUGUGUUGGAUGGUCUUCAACCGCAUCCUAACUUGAAAGCCUUAUCAGUAGUGGACUAUUUAGGGACUAAAUUUCCUUCAUGGUUCAGUGAAGAGUUGCUACCAAAUUUGGUCAAGUUGAAAUUAAGUGGUUGCAAAAGGUGCAAAGAAAUUCCAUCCCUUGGCCAACUGAAAUUCCUUCAGCAUCUUGAGCUGGUAGGAUUCCAUGAGUUGGAAUGCAUUGGACCUGAUUUAUAUGGUGUUGAGAUUAGCAAUAAUGGAUCAAGCAGCAAAAUCCAAGUGUUCCCGUCAUUAAAAGAACUAGUUUUGAAGGAUAUGCGCAGCCUUAUUGAGUGGAAGGGAGAUGAAGUUGGAGUAAGAAUGUUUCCUAGGCUUGAGAAGUUGAGCAUUAGUGUAUGUCCAUUGUUAAAAAGUACUCCAAGUCAAUUUGAAAUCCUGCGUGAAUUAAGAAUUGGAGGAGUUGACAGUGAAAUGCCAUUGUUGAACUUGUGCAGCAACUUGACAUCUCUUGUGAAUCUUGAUGUUUGUAAUGUGAAAGAGCUCACUUGUCUUCCAGAUGAGAUGCUACGCAACAACGUUUCUCUUCAAUACCUAUCAGUCUCAUACUGCGGAGAGUUUCGUGAAUUGCCACGAAGCUUGUACAAUCUCCAUUCUCUUGAGAGAUUACAAAUAUCCAACUGCGCCAAUUUCAGUUCUUUACCUGUUCCCUGUGGAGAGAACUAUUUGACUAACCUCCGAAGGUUGCUUUUAUUCAAUUGUAAUGGAUUGACCAGCUUACCAAGUGGAAUGCUAGAGCAUUGUCGGCCUCUGGAAGUUUUUUAUGUCCGCAAUUGUAACAACUUAGUUUCAUUGCCUUUACACGUGUGGGAAAUGCCUUCACUUUCCUAUUUGGAUUUAUCAGAUUGUCCCAAAUUGAUUAGUGUACCCGCAGGGGGCCUUCACUGUCUCACCGGGUUAAGGACAUUGGAAAUUGGUCCUUUCUCAGAGAUGGUGGAUUUUGAGGCAUUCCAAUUGAUUUUUAAUGGCAUUCAGCAGUUGUUGUCCCUUCGUAGAUUGGGUGUGUGGGGACGUGGGCACUGGGAUUCUCUGCCCUAUCAGCUUAUGCAACUCUCUGCCCUAACAGAGAUCUGUAUAUGCAAUUUCGGAAUGGAGGCUCUUUCUCAUAGAUUUGACAACCUUACUUCUCUUGAAAUAUUACAAGUAGUGGAGUGCAAGCGGCUACGGCAUGUGGACUUCUCAGAUCCCAUGCCCAAAUUACGGAAUAUCGGGAUACGUGGUUGUCCAUUGUUAGAAGCUCUGUCAGAUGGGCUCGGCAACAUUGUUUCUUUGGAACAAUUAGUUUUACUUAACUGCGAAAAACUAGAACAUCUGCCAUCCAGAGAUGCCAUGCAACGCCUCACCAAAUUACUGUGCCUGGAAAUUGGAGGCUGCCCACAGUUAGAAGAAAGUUGCACCAAUCGGAGUAGCCCAAACUCCCAGUGGUCCAACAUUUCCCAUAUUCCAAAAAUUCAUGUAGGCCGGACGAGGAUUCAGGAUACACGUUACUAGUUCCAAGGUCAUGCUAGAGCAUUGAUGUGGUAAAUCAUGCCAAAUCCCAUGAGCCGCAGACAAUUACAUUAGGUUACUCGGUACAAGGUCAUGGUAGAACAUCCUUGUAGUAUAUCAAGUCAAAAUCCAUGGGCAGGAAUCACAUUAGGGUUUGUUAUGUUUCACAGAGGCUCAUGGGGUACAAACGGCUACAACAUGUGGACUUUUUAGAUGCCAUGCCCAAAUUACGGUAUUUGAAGAUCCAUGAAUCAUGAUUGUCCAUUGUUAGAAGCUCUGUCGGAUGGGCUUGGCAACCUUGGUUCUUUGAAAGAGUUUAGUUUGCAGAACUGUGAAAAACUAGAGCAUCUGCCAUCCAGAAAGGCCAUGCGACACCUCACCAAAUUACUGUACCUGGAAACUGAAGGCUGCCCAGAGUUGGAAGAAAGUAGCACCAAUCGGAGUAGCUCAAACUCCCAGUGGCCCAACAUUUCCCGUGUUCCAAAUAUUGAAGUAGAUGGAAGGAAAAUUCAGAACUUAUGUUACUAGUUCCAAGGUCCUGCUAGAACGUCGCUGUGGUAAAUUAAGCCUCAUCCCAUGAGCGGCAGGCAAUUAGGUACAAGGUCAUGGAAGAACUUCAUUGUGGUUUAUCAAGUCAAAAUCCAUGGGCAGCAAUCACGUUAGAGGGACCGCAACUUUUAUUUUGUUUGAAGAACAGAAUCUUCAGCUGUAGACUCAUUGCGAAACACUUUCAUGAGUAUUUGGGUACUGAACAUCUUUUCGGGGAACUGAAGUCUACAUAUGAAACAUCAAAAAACUCAAAGCAUAUAGGCUGCUCAAUGUGAAGCUACACACGUCUAUCCUCUGUCUUUGCAUAAACCUAUUUGCCCUUUUAUUCUCCAUUCAGGUGCUAUGAUGAAGAUAAUGGAAGUAAUGGAUGGUCGGUGCCAUUGAAAUCUGCUUAAUGCUUAUGAGGUAUUCAUGAGCCGGUGACUCUGGUUGCAUCUUGCACGAAGCUUGAAAGUUCAAGGAUAAUUUCUCCGCUGAUAUUGGAAAGUGAAUUGGAAAUAUUAUUUCCCUGUAUGUGGAAGAUCCGAAAAGGAUUCAUGAAUGAUUAAGUUUGUUCCACAUGAAUCAUGAUAAUCAGUUGAGCUUUUCGCGUAUGUUGAAGUAAUCAUUAAAGGUCACAAACAUGAAUAAGAUUUGCGAAAAUGCAAUCAAGGAAAUGAAGCUUUUACUCAUGUUAGAUUUAAGCAGUA